AUGACACAACUAAAUUUUGCCUUUAUUAACUGAACGACUAUCAGCCGAGAAAAUGAAUUGGGCCGGUGGCUUCGCAUUCAGAGUAUUGGUGUCCGUUAUAUCCGUUUAUACCGCUGGGGCCUUAUCGGCUUUUUCCGAUGGAAACAAAACCGAGAACGGUACGGCGGCAGAUGGUGGAUUUGUGCCCGUGGUGUUCAAGGGAGUUAGCCAGAUCAUCGCCCGGGAAGGAAACUGCGCACUGAUAGAUUGCAACGUCACCGGAGAACCGUUUCCGAAUAUACAGUGGUACAACUCCCACGGAGUGCAGCUAGACACAGAGAUGAGCGAUGGGAAGUGGUGGUUGCUGGACAACGGCGUCCUCAACAUCACCGCCAUCACCUUCUCCGACCGCGGCAAGUACACGUGCGUGGCGUCCAACGCGCACGGCGCCUCCAACUGCACGGUGACGCUGCGCGUGGUCAUCACCCGGGGCGACAUGGGCGUCUACUACAUGGUGGUGUGCCUGGUCACCUUCACCAUCAUCAUGGCACUCAACAUCACGCGCCUCUGCAUGAUGUCCAGCCACCUGAAGAAGACGGAGAAAGCCAUCAACGAGUUCUUCCGCACCGAGGGCGCCGAGAAACUCCAGAAGGCCUUCGAGAUCGCCAAGCGCAUCCCCAUCAUCACCUCAGCCAAGACCCUGGAGCUGGCCAAGGUGACCCAGUUCAAGACCAUGGAGUUCGCCCGCUACAUCGAAGAGCUGGCCCGCAGCAUCCCCCUGCCGCCGCUCAUCAUGAACUGCCGCACCUUCAUGGAGGAGAUCCUAGAGGUGGUGGGCGUGGAGGAGAUGAGGCACACCUUUCUCCGCCAGGCCCCCGAGGGCCACCGAGACCUGGGCUGCCGCAUGCUCGGGGCCGGGGACGUCUUCACCAUCCUGCGGGAGCGGGAGAGGGAACGAGAGCGGAGCGAGUCGCCCGCCGCCGAUUCCGACGACGCGUCCCUCCACGAGCAGCCGCAGCACAUUGCAAUCCAGGUGUCCAUCCACCCCCCGCUGGCCAUCACGGGGUACUGCAGCAUCGAGGCUCCGCCCCUCCCAGAGACCACGCCCUCAUCCCCUCCCCCGUUGGCUGCUGUGCAUCUGGAGGAGGAGCCGGAGGAGCAGGGCUCCGAACAGGAACAAGAACAGGCGGAACCGGAACCGGAGGCUGUGCUGGAACCAGAACCGGAGGCUGUGCCGGAACCAGAACAGGAGGCUGUGCUGGAGGCCAUGCCAGAGGCUGUGGCGGAGGCUGUGUCGGAAGCGGAGCCGGAGGCGGAGUUAGAUGUGGCCAGUAAGAGCCCACCUGGUCAGGUGAUCUACGAAAGCCAUGUGUGAGGACGACCACAUAACGACCCCACGUGACAGAGGAUUCUGCUAUGCAUUACCCCUCAUAAAUAACAACAACAACAACAUGUAAACAAAAACAACUGUCCAAAAAAAAAAAUAUUAGGUCAAGAACCAAUCUUUAGGCUGUGUGAUCGAAUAGAACAAACAGUCAACCUCGUGUGAGGUUUAUCUUCUCUCUGGAGAAUAGAUCAACCAGCGGAAGACUUCGUGUUAUUUCUCAUGCUUCUGGAUUUCCAUGCUGAAUGUACACAAGGAGAGAAUCAAAUCAUUUGAUAAGUAAUGUAAUGACGAGAAGAAGAAACCACAAGGCAUAUACAGCCUGGCAAUGUUGAUUUGUUGUCAGUACUUUAAUAACCCAUAAUCCAUUCAGGUAAGAAAUCUUUCACUAACACACACAAAAAAAUAUAUUUUUAUUUCUGACUUGUAGUUGUUAUGUCCUCAACGUGUGUUCCAUGACAACACAGCAGCGUCUUUAGUUGCAACGUCCUUAAGGACUCAGUGCAUCAAAACCACUGUUCGACAACAACCCCGCUGCUUCAGUGGGAUCUAUAAUAAAAAUGCAUGCUGAACCUGACGAUUUGAACGUAUAUUGUCUCCCUAGUCUGAGUCUGUGAUAUAGAGUAUACCAAACCUAAAUGAGCAAGCCAGGUGGACCUCUGUAUUCACACGAUGUGAUGGAAUGUACCAGACUAGAGCUUCAUACCCUUUUGUAGUGGUAGCAACCUCAACUGCCCCUCAGAAUUUGUAUUAAUUAAAAAAAUGUAUGAGAAGAAAAAAAAAGUGUUAGAAUUUUGAUUUAUUAUUAGGCCUAUUAUCCACUGUAGACCGAUUUGAGUGAUGACAUUAGUUUAGAAAUAAUAUGAUUAUAUUCAGACUUAUGUCACCCCAGUGUUUCCCAGUAGGCCUGUAACAGAUUUUAUUAUUUCUCACUGUUUUAUUAGCCUUUUUAUUUUCCCAUCUGGUAUUAUGUUCUGGUCUCAGGCCCCAGUGCACUAACUUACCUGAACUGAGGCAACAAUGCUUUCUGCUGCACGAUGACCGGACUGGUAUGGAGGUCAGACUUUCUUUAGCUUUUUUCCCCAGGCUGUUGGUUUUUUUGAUGGGAGGGCGGAGCUGGAAAUUGAGGGAGGGAGGCUUGAAUAUUGUUCUGCUUCAAAUGGUGCUCUGGGUAUGCCUCUCUUUUGUAGUGGAUAUAAAAUAAACUGUCUGCUGUGUUA